AUGGCCCGUACUAAGCAAACCGCACGUAAAAGUACCGGAGGAAAAGCACCAAGAAAACAACUUGCUACCAAAGCAGCCCGCAAGUCUGCACCAGCUACUGGAGGUGUCAAAAAACCUCACCGUUAUAGACCUGGUACCGUCGCUUUGCGUGAAAUCCGCCGUUAUCAAAAAAGUACCGAACUUUUGAUCCGCAAGUUACCUUUCCAACGUCUCGUACGUGAAAUCGCACAAGACUUCAAGACAGACUUACGUUUCCAGUCAAGUGCUAUUGGUGCUUUACAAGAAGCUGCUGAAGCAUAUCUUGUCUCUUUGUUUGAGGACACAAACUUGGCUGCUAUUCAUGCUAAACGAGUGACUAUUCAACCAAAGGAUAUUCAACUUGCUCGUCGUCUUCGUGGCGAACGUUCUUAA